UCAGCGGAGCGGGGAGACCUGCGGCUCUGGUUCAGCUCCCGGCCAACUAUAGCGUCACCUGUUGCGCAUUAAACAACAAAGUGCUUGGCUUAUUGCGUAAAAGUGUUACCUAAAGGGCGGGGGAGAGACGUGUAUGUAUGUUUUAGUGGUUGGAGCUGCAGAGUGCCGUUGAGUCCUAUGGAAGGCUUCCCAAAUCAUGCAUUGAAGUUUCAAAGUCAGAAAGGGUUUCGCGCCGUUUACGACCGCUGGGAUACAAACAUUUCAUGACUAUCGGAUCGCCAAUACGUAUACGAUCGUUUCAAUACAAAAACUCCGGAACUUUCGGAUCAUAAGUACGAAAUUUUCAUUUAGAAAUCUCGUGUCAUUUUUGAUCAUCAGAAAUAAUUGGAUUUCGUGAUUCGCAUUUGUACCUUAGUGAAUGGGACCUGCUUCACCUUUGUUGGCUUUAGAUUGCUCUCUAAUACAGCAGAGUGUAGAACAUGGAACCGCAAAAAGGAAAGAUUUUCUUCAAAUGACCCGUGAGACAACUGCAACAACGUCGGACGGAAACCCCCACUUUCCAAUCAACGUGGCUCCGGUUUCAGGUCUGUGGGAGGCCUCAGCAGUUAAAUGAAUUCUGUGUCCCCGCUGGCCACGCAGUACGGAAGCCCCAAAGGUUCACAGCAGACAGAGAACCGCAGGACGCCAAGUGGGCACCAUGAGCAGAGAAGGGUGGGCUACCAAGAUGUCACCGCAGAGGGCGAAACUGAUGAAGUGGAUAAACUCAAAAGCAAACUGCUGACAGCUUGGAACAAUGUUAAGUAUGGGUGGUCAGUGAAGAUGAAAACCACUUUCAGCCGCUCUGCACCCGUGUAUUUACUGGGAGAGCGCUACUACUUCCGGCUGGAUGAUGAAAUUGAUCGGUUUCAGAAGGAUUUUGUGUCCAGGGUGUGGCUAACAUAUAGACGUGACUUUCCUGCCCUCGAGGGCACAGCACUCACUACAGACUGCGGAUGGGGCUGCAUGAUCAGGAGUGGCCAAAUGCUACUGGCACAAGGUCUGCUCCUGCACCUUCUUUCCCGAGAAUGGACUUGGUCGGAAGCCUUAUACACCCACUUCGUGGAAAUGGAACCCAUUCGUUCUUCCUCUCCAUCCAGUAUGCCCCUCUCCUUGGCCACAGACCAUUCGGGCAGGCACUCCCAGCCCCAGACUCACUGUUCGAGAGCCCCUUAUGGAGGUGAAGUCCAUCAGAACAUAGUGAGCUGGUUCUCAGACCAUGCAAGCGCCCCCUUUGGCCUGCACCGCAUGGUGGCAUUAGGAAGCAUCUUUGGCAAGAGGGCAGGGGACUGGUACGGCCCCAGUAUUGUGGCACACAUUAUAAAGAAAGCAAUAGAGAGCUCUUCUGAAGUCCCAGAUCUGUCCGUGUACGUGUCUCAGGAUUGCACAGUGUAUAAGGCAGAUAUUGAGCAGCUCUUUGCCGGAGAGGUACCGCACACAGAUACCAGCAGGGGGGCUGGCAAGGCUGUCAUUAUCCUGGUGCCUGCGCGUCUUGGCGGAGAAACCUUCAACCCCGUGUAUAAACACUGUCUCAAGGAGUUCCUGCGAAUGCCGUCCUGUUUGGGCAUUAUUGGCGGAAAACCAAAACACUCGCUCUAUUUCAUUGGAUACCAGGACAAUUACCUGUUAUACCUCGACCCACAUUACUGCCAGCCGUACAUUGAUACCAGCAGGGACAACUUUCCGUUAGAGUCUUUCCACUGUAACGCUCCUCGCAAACUCUCCAUCACCAGAAUGGAUCCCAGUUGCACCUUUGCUUUCUAUGCCAAAAACCGCGAUGACUUCGGUAAACUCUGUGAGCAUCUGUCGAAGGUGCUGCACUCCCCCCACGCCGAGGAGAAAUAUCCCAUUUUCAGUAUCUCAGAAGGUCAAGCUCAGGAAUACGCAAGUGCUGAGGGGCAGCAGAGCUCCUCUCACCCCCCCGUGUGUCGCAAGAAAGGCCCGAUGGUGAAGAGACCCAGCUCGGAUGAGUUUGAAUUCCUGUAAAGCGCAAGUGUUCUGACUGGGAGUUCUAAAGGCCCAGUAAGCCUGUUACAGUGCGGUACCGCUGCUAGGGACAAUGUUACUUACUGCUGUUAGGUCACUUACCUGCUGCCUCUGCCUUUAUCCCUACAUGGGUUUGGGUACAGGGCAUCUUUACUCUUCCACUGGCCAACCCUUAGCCUUGUUCUGUGUGUACCCCCACCCCCCUCCCCCCCAAUCUUUUGGAACAAAAUCUUAAUUAUGAAGAAACCUGUCCUGGAGAUUGGGGGUUCAAAUUCAACCCAAUAAAUGGAGCUUGUAUGGAAACAUCAACCACAUGCCCUUUUGUGAGUUUAUGGUACAGCCCAUAAUCUCCAUGGAGCAUCCAAUGGUAGGCCAGCUUCUUAGCUCUGUAUAUUACAAGCUCCCAGGCCAAGCAGUAAAGGGCAAGUCUGUGCAGCCCUGGAUAUGUCUAGAAAAGAUUGGCCAGUUGGCCCAGAUCAUCAAGCAGUAUGUGCUCACUCUCCAGAACUGGACUAAUGCGGGUGUAGUCGUUGGGCUAACAAUCUAUAACCAUGGUGGCGCUCAAUGCUACACUGCAAGCAGGCCAUUAGGGUAGUGCUAGAUGUAGGGGUCUGUCUUAGUGCUUAGUACUACAGCUAUUGGGCGGGGUGGAGAACCCAGCCCUGCUUAUAGAGUCAGAAAUAUAAACUACUACUGGUAGUAGAUAUAAUCAGGGGAUAAACGGAUACUGUACACUGAAACCAUUACUCUGUUUGAUACUCUCAGGCAUAAGCAAACUGAGGCCCUUAGUGUAUGUAGUGCAGUAAUAUCUGGACAACUAGGGCAUGCUGUAUGUAAAUGUGUAGUUGAACAACAUUGGCCGGGCGCCUGGUUAGACCCCCCGACCAUGACAUAGAGCAGCUAUGGUUCCGAUAGAUACAGGGGCUCCCUUACUCCUGUGUGCCAGUGGGAAGACUAAAGGUGGGUGGCAGACCCCCCCCUUGCUGGAAUUGCUGUUGUUUGUAAGGCAAUACACUGGCUAUAUGUGUGUGUGUUUGUGUGUACGUGUCGAUUUUAAACUGGAAAAGAAAAGUGAAAUCUGUAUAUUCUGGCAAGUUUUUAUUUAUAUACGGGAAAUAAACCUUUUUAAAAUGGGA